CCCAAUUCAAAAAUCAGAAAUUCUGAAAUGUAUUCCAAUUAUAAAAGCAAUACUACAAUGAAAGGACUUUUAGGCAUUACCCCAAAUGGUAUGAUGUCUUUUGUAAGUUCGUUAUAUACAGGCUCCAUUUCUGAUAAAGAAAUUACAAAACAAUCUGGUUUUAAAAAUCUUUUAGAAGUUGGAGAUGAGGUUAUGGUAGAUAAAGGUUUUAUUAUACAAGAUUUGUUAACUGCAAAAGGUGCAAAAGUUGCCAUCCCCCCUUUUUUAAAACAAAUGGACCAGUUAACAAAGACGCAGGUGAAAGAGACACAACAAAUAGCAAGAUUAAGAAUUCAUGAUGAAAGAGCUAUUAGGAGAUGCAAAGAA